CCCACACCCCCCCCCUGCCCUCACUAUCCUCAUUAAGAAUGACGCUCUGCCCGGAUGCACUAAGAAUUAUAAUCAUGUCAACAAAAACUUGGCAAAAAACUUAGGCAGAUACUUUUAACGAGGCUGAAAGAGUACCUUCCAAAUGAUGUAAAUACAUUUAGAAACUUAGAAAUUGUUAAGCCAACUCGGAAUCUGUUUAACAUCGCUAUUCAACCAAUGGAAAUGAAACCUAAAACAUUUUUAUACACAUUCCAUGGUAGUUUUGUCAAGAUUGUUGUCAUACAAAUUUGCAUGUUCUACCCUUUGCUCUGACAUGUCGACACAUCAAGGGGCUGAUAUCGCCAUUUAUCGCUGUAUAAUUAUGCGUCUCUCUGAUUGGAUAAAAUUGGACCUUAGCAUGUUAAUGGUCAUAUAAAAAGGUGGUCAUGGGAUUGAUUAACAAGGAAAAAUUCGAGAGCGGUUAAGAAGGGGGAAAAUCUACGAGGAUUGCUUGUGACGAACAAAAUCGGAAAGGUUGUAAUAAGAACCAUGACCUUACUCUCGAAAUUUCCGGCUUUCUGGGAAAAUAAAGGAUUCGUGAUUAACGAGAAUGGAAAAGAAAAAACUAGUCACAACGGGAGCGAGUAACAUGGCUGAUGUAGCGAGAAUUCUGCUUCUUUCUGUGUCGAUUUGGCUGGUACAAAGUGUUCGAGGUGCGAAUGACGUUGAAAUCGUCGAGCCUCGACCAAAAAGCGUCUAUGCUUUUGAGUUUGACUCAGCCAACGUAACAUGUGUCGCUUUGAGUUCCUCUGGUACAAAUGAGACUCUGAACAUCAGGUUUAUGAGAAGAGACGAUUUUUUUGACCUUCAUGAACUAAAAGAAGAUAAGAAUGUGUUCUUCAAGAGCCAAAUUCAACAAGAAGGUGAAAACAAAAAGCUUUUUCGCACCAUGGUGAUCAAAAAUUUAACACGAAAAUACGACAGUUCGUACGGUAACCAAGGAGGUUACGAGUGCCAUGCGUUUGCAGGAAACAGAUCAGUCGAUCAGUUUGCCUUCAAUGUCUACGCAAUCGAAAAGAGCGAAGUUCCUAAAGUCACGGUCACACCGCACGUGCAAGUCCUGAAGAACGAUGAGGACCUCACGCUCUUUUGUAACUUAACCAAUAGAGGAAGCGAUGGAACCGACCUGGAAAACAUGUUUUGGUUUAAAGAUGGUGUGUUGUUAAACAGUAUUCCGAUCGGAGAGUCAGAAAAAGUUACUCUUGAGCUCUCACUAAAGAUUGGAAGUGUGGGUGUUAAAGAUGGAGGAAUUUACUCGUGUCUUCUGGGAGUAAAAUUGAGAAGAGUUCUGGAACACAAUGUGUCGGAUGACGCUUUGAUUCGCAUUGCGACCUGGUUUCCAGGAAAGCAUGCUAAGACAAAUAUGCACAAUGUUGAGCAGAAGUCAUUCAAAGGUGAUAACAUGUCUUUUGAGUGUGCAGCCAAAGGCUUUCCUCUAGAGAUCGAAUGGAAGCUGAAGAAGAAAAACGAGGACACCGUGCAAGCCUGUAUAAAUGGCACGACAGAUGAACGCUACAAAAUUCAACGUCGUACUGCUCACGACCCCUAUGUUCUCACCAUAUCUGACGUGCAGUACUCUGAUCGCGGAUUUUACUACUGUUGUCUUCCCUCAAACUGCUCUGAUAAUGUCAAGGAUAACUGUCAACGAUUCGUCCUCCGCGUCAGAGAUCCUCUUGGUGCGUUGUGGCCAGCUAUUGGGAUCCUGAUUGAAGCCAUUGUUCUCUUUGCGAUCAUCUUCUUUGCUGGGAGAAGAGAGAAGAAGAAAGAGAAACACUUUAAAAGGAACUAACGUCGACAUGGGAAUCAUAUCAUCCCUUCCAACGCAUGACAGUGAGACAGAUAAGAACAUCAUUCCACGCUAGAAAAAUAAGUGGAACUCAGAAGAGCGAAGCUGUUCUCAGAAAAGACAUAAAACGAAAUGCUCGCCAACAUAGAAAAGAAAAAUAAGAGCGUGGUACCCGAUAAAGAAUUAGAUAUUACUUGAGACGCAUGAGAAAAAUUUUAAUGAUAAUAUGUACAAUAAUAAUAUAAUUUAUUAAAUAUAUAUUGCGCAAAUAUCAAAAGAUCUCGGAUCAAAGUUUUUAGAAAUUUCUUCUCCAGUGUAUUUUGGAAUACCUCCCAUAUCGCUAGACUAUUUUGCAAUCGAUGCUAGUCUUUUUUAGUGUUAAUUCUUUUAGAAAUAUUUCACUUGCGGUGGUUGGUGGUCGAAGAUAACCUCAUAUUUAUAAUUCGGAUAAACCGCGCUUAUGAAAUAAGCCAUCUUUUUUUUUAUUGAAACGCAGAGGUGAUGGUCACUGGUCACAUCGUUUGUAAAAUACUGCUUAUCAAUAAAUUGGUGAAAAUAAUAA